AUGGCGUCCAACAAUACUGACCAUCGGGCCGGUGACACCGCUGACACCCCCGACUCUUCCCCCAACUCAUCCUCCGACUCCCAAACCACCAAUACUGGGCAACGAGCCAUUCUAACCACCAAGGAUCUCGAUGCCAACAACAUCGAUUCCAAUGAUAAGGUCGAUAUCAAAAUCGACCUCGAUAAUGCAGACGUGCGUCCUACACCAGAGACACAAGCGUCCAACCUACCGAAGUUGACCGAGGCCAUAAUUACAAACGUGCCACGUCGACUGAAAACCAACUCCAAGAACCUCGACCAAUGGGUUUUUCGAGUGAAGUUCGCACUGGCCCAAAUCCGACUAGAACACCUCAUCAACAGCAGUGUUCCCCACCCAGUUAGGGGCCAGCAUAACUACAACAGAUGGGUGCAAUGGUCUCGCACUGUGGCCAACUGGCUGUAUCUCCACGUGGAUGAAAGAAUCCAGGAUAGACUCAAGCAGUUGCCCAAGGCACCCAAUACAGCGGAUGCUGUAUUUGACGGGAUCAUGAAGAUCGUUCAUGAAAGUGACAAGGUCGUCAAGGGUAGCGUCAAGCUCGAUGGUUACGAUGACCAAAAGAUAUCGGAUUUACAGGCUAUCAGGAAGUACAUUACGGCUCAUCAGACUCCAUGCCAUUUGCUCGGUUUGAGGCUACUUGCGGGCUCUUCUUUGCGCUAG